AUGGGAGUGACGCUGAACCUCCUCCUCACCAUCUGCGAGGUGGCGGCAUCGCUAUCCGGCGAAGGCAUCGCCAUCGCCAUCGGGACCGGGCUGGCCAUCGCCUGCAUCGGCUUCAUGCUGAAGCUGAAGCGCAACGGUGCCAGCAGUGCAGCCGCGGCCCCUUCGCGCAGCCAUCGCCGUGUGAUGGCCGACGUGUGUGUGCGUAAGGAGCGGCGUGUGCCCGCGGCGAGAGAGGAAGAGUGCAACGACAACACCGAGGGGGGCUCAUGUAAGCGCAUCAUGAUGGAUGCAUUGCAAUGCAUGAAUCUGUCUGUGUUGUGUGCAGGCCCCAUCUGCGUCGGGGGGUUCAGAGGCGUGGCUAUCAGACAAUACCCGUGCUGCCUCAACAAGGUCCGUCCGUCCUCAUGACACUAUGCAAUGCGUCCGUCCAUGCGUGUGUAGUGGUGUUGUGUUGUGUGUGUCAGGUGUGCGCCCCCUGCUACAAGCGCAUCCGGAUUGAGCGGGACACCUGCCCCUUCUGCAAUGUCAACCUGGACUUCCUCGACAGGAAGGCCCGCCUCUUCGUGGACCUCACACGGCCACUGCCGGGCGCAUGAUGAACUAACUCGAC